CGUCUUCUGAAAAACUCUUUCUUUUAUAUCACCUCAAUAUUCCAUUACAAUUUAUACCUCUCUGUGUUUUCUGACCAAGAUCUUCAACACAAGAGUUCAGCAGUAUAUGAAGACAUCCAACCAACUCUCCUCUCUCUCUCUCCCUCACUACACUUACUCAACUAAAUCAUAUGCAUCAACAAACCAGGAAAAAAAAUACUAACAGUAUUGGGAAGCAUAAAGUCAAGACGAAAGUGUUCAUUCAUAAAGGAGCAUGGAUCCAGUUGUUUCUGCAGUUACUGAGAGUUUUCUGAAAAAAUUAGGACAAGUGGUCAAAAAACAAUGGGGCUACUUUUUUAAUUACAAAAGCAAAUUUGAAAAGUUGAAAUCUUACGUUGAGGAACUGGAAGGUAACAGGGAGAGCCUGCAACAUAAUGUUGAUAAAGCACUAGAAAAUGCAGAAGAAAUUGAAAAUGAGGUUCAACGUUGCUUAAAGCUUAUGGAUGAGAAGAUAAAAAAAUAUAAAAGUUACAAAGAUGGUAGAACAUUGGAGGAGAUUAUGAAAAUAUGCUCAAAUGGUUUCCUUCCAAAUAACUUCCAUUUGAAGUAUCAGCUUGGUAGAAAAGUUACAAAGAUGGUAGAGGAAAUCAUAGAAGAUGGACUUUGGAAAAAGAAAUUUGACAAAGUUUCGUAUCAAGAAUACCCAUCCGAUGAUUAUGCUUUUUCAAACAGUGGUUAUGUGAGUUUUGCAUCUAGAACUAGAACAUUGGAGGAGAUUAUGGAAAAAUUGAAAGACUCAACAGUUGAUAUGAUUGGAGUUUAUGGGCGUUCUGGUAUGGGUAAGACGUUUUUAGUUAAAGAAAUUGCUAAGAAAGCUAAAGAAAAGUUGUUCAAGAGAGUGAUCAUAGCAAAUAUUACAGGAAAUCCUGAUUUCGAAAAAAUUCAAGGACAAAUUGCUGGCAUGCUAGAUAUCACAUUAGAAGAUAAAAAUGAGAUUGCUAGAGCGAAUCGUAUUCGAAAGAAGUUAAUGAAAGAAAAAAAGAACACCCUUAUUAUCCUUGAUGAUCUUUGGGAUCGAUUGGACUUGAAUAGACUUGGGAUUUCAUGUGAUGAUGAAGAAGAAGAUGAUGCAAGCCGACGGGAUGCCAAUGACAUAGAUAACAACUUUGGUUAUAAUAAGACAGAAAAUAAUGAGGCGUUAAAAGUUGAUUUGAAUAAGAUGAAAAAGGAAAAGCCAUCCAACAGUUACAAAGGAUGCAAAAUUCUUCUAACAUCUAGAAAAAAAGAAGUAUUAUGUGAUCAAAUGGGUGUGCAAGAGAGCUCGACCUUUUUGGUGGAAGGCCUUAAUGAAAAGGAGGCAGAGACUUUGGUUAAGAAAGUUGCUGAUGUAAAAAUUUCAGAGUUUGAUAGGAAUGCUAUUGAAAUUGCAAAAUGGAGUGGUGGACUUCCGAUGGCGUUAGUUUCCAUAGGAAAGACACUGAAGAAUAAAAGCUUACCCGCUUGGGAGAAUAUUUGUCAAAAAAUUAAAAGACAAAGUUUUACAGAAGAAUUGGGAUUUACUGAUUUUUCUAUAAAGUUGAGCUAUGAUGAACUAAAAAGUGAGCAGCUAAAGUGUAUGUUCUUACAGUGUGCAAGAAUGGGAAAUGAUGCUUUGAUUAUGGAUUUGGUCAAAUUUUGCAUUGGUUUGAAUUUGCUUCAAGGAGUCCAAACAAUUACAGAUGCCAGGAAAAUGGUACAGAAGAUGAUAGAAGAACUAGAAGAAUCUAGUUUGUUGGUGAGAAGUUAUUCUAUUGAUCGCUUCAACAUGCAUGACAUUGUGCGAGGUUAUGCUCUUUCAAUAUGCAAAGAAAAACAAGUGCUUUUUAUGAAAAAUGACAUACUUGACGAGUGGCCUCAUGAAGAUGACUUUGAAAGGUACACUGCCAUUUUUUUACACUCUUGUGACAUCAAAGAUGAGCUUCCUAAGAGAUUACACUGUCCUCGAGUUGAAGUCUUACAUAUUGACAAUAUCACUGAAUCUUUCAAAAUACCAGAUUACCUUUUUAAAUUUAUGAUUCGACUCAAAGUGUUGGUAUUGACCGGUGUUAAUCUAUCUCGCUUACCUUCAUCAAUUAAAUGCCUAAAAAAACUAAGAAUGCUUUGUUUGGAGAGAUGCACUUUAAGAAAGAACUUAUCAAUCAUUGGUGAGUUAAAGAGUUUACGAAUUCUUAGUCUUUCAGGAUCUAAUAUUGAAAGUUUGCCUCUUGAAUUUGGGCAAUUAGAUAAGCUUCAGCUUUUCGACAUAAGCAAUUGCCCAAAACUAAGACAAAUACCUUCCAGUAUCAUACCAAGGAUGAACAUUCUAGAGGAAUUUUAUACUAGAGAGAGUCUGAUUCUAUGGGAGGCUGAGGAAACGGAAAGUAAAAAUGCUAGUCUAUCUGAGUUGAGGCACUUGAAUCACUUGCAAAAUCUAGAACUACACAUUCAAAGUUAUGCCCAUUUUCCGCAGAACUUGUUUUUGGACAAGUUGAAUAGUUACAAGAUUGUCAUUGGUGAAUUCAACUUACUUAACUUGCUUACAGUGGGAGAAUUCAAAGUCCCUGACAAGUAUGAAGAGGUGAAAUUUUUGGCAUUAGAGCUAAAAGAAGGUAUUGAUAUUCAUUAUGAAAAAUGGAUUAAAAUGUUAUUCAAAAGUGUUGAAUGUUUGCUGCUAGGAGAACUCAAUGAUGUUCGAGAUAUUUUCUAUGAAUUAAAUGUUGAAGGAUUUCCAAAUUUGAAACAUUUAUCCAUUGUUAACAAUUUUGGCAUUAAGUAUAUUAUCAAUCCAAGGGAGCGGUUUCACUCUUUAAUCGCUUUUCCCAAAUUAGAGUCCGUAUGGCUUUACAAAUUGGAUAAUUUGGAAAUAAUAUGUGACAAUCAGCUUGUGGAGACCUCUUUCCGCAAUUUAAAGGUCAUCAAGAUUCAAACAUGCAUUAAAUUGGUAAACCUUUUUCCAUUUUGCAUGGUUAGACUCCUUACUGAGCUUGAAACAAUUGAAGUGUGUGACUGUGAUUCUUUGAAGGAGAUAGUUUCAAAAGAAAGAAAAACUGAAACUAUGAGUGAUGAGAAGAUUGAGUUUCCCAAGUUACGACAAUUAACAUUAAAGUCUUUACCAACAUUUAUUUGUUUAUAUGGCGUUGAUGAGAUGCUUGGUAGUGUACCAUUGUUGCAAGGUCAGGAGAACACAAAUAUUGUUAAUAACGCUGAGCAUGGGGUCAACAAUUCUUGCCUUCCACUCUUCAAUGAAAAGGUUUCAAUCCCCAAAUUAGAAUCGUUGAAGUUAUCCUCGAUCAACAUCCAAAAGAUAUGGAGUGACCAAUAUGACCAUUGUUUUGAAAAUUUGCUCACAUUGAAUGUGACAGAUUGCAGUAAUUUAAAGUAUUUACUAUCAUUCUCUAUGGCUGAAAGUCUGAUGAAUCUUCAAAGCAUUUUUGCAAGUGAAUGUGAAAUGAUGGAGGAUAUAUUUCGUCCGGAAGAUGCAGAGUAUAUUGAUGUUUUUCCUAAGUUGAAGAAAAUGGAGAUUAUCUGCAUGGAGAAACUCUCUACCAUUUGGAAAUCUGAUAUUGGUUUACAUUCCUUUAACAAUUUGAACUCUUUGAUGAUAAGUGAGUGCCAUAAACUUGUUACAAUUUUUCCUAAUUAUAUGGGACACACAUUGCAAAGCCUUCAAAGCUUGACAGUUACCGAUUGCAAAUUGGUUGAAAACAUAUUUGAUUUUGCAAAUAUUCCGCACACUUGUGAUAUUAUUGAAGCAAAUUUGGGUAUUAUAUUUCUAGAAAAGCUGCCAAAUUUGGUGAACGUAUGGAAGGGUGACACUGGUGAAAUACUCAAAUGUAAUAAUUUGCAAAGCAUAAGAGUUGAUGAGAGUCCAAAAUUGAAAUAUCUCUUUCCAGUUUCUAUUGCCAAUGACCUACAAAAACUAGAAGUCCUUGAGAUAUGGGAUUGUUGGGAAAUGAUAGAGAUUAUUGCUUUGGACAAACAUUCAAGUGAAACUGCUAUCACCUUUAAAUUUCCUCAUCUAAAUACUUUAUCAUUAAUAGACUUGCAUGAAUUGAGGAGUUUCUACUCAGGAAUUCAUACUUUAGAGUGGCCACCAUUAAAGAAAUUGGAAAUAGUCGACUGUAGCAUGCUCCAAGGAUUGACUUCAGAAAUCACAAAUUCAUCAGAGCAACCAAUUGUUUUAGCUACAAAAAAGGCAAUAUAUAAUUUGGAAUACAUGUCGGUGAGCUUGAAGGAAGCAGAGUGGUUGCAAAAAUACAUUGUUAAUGUUCACAGAAUGCACAAACUAGAAGAACUUUUUUUGUACCGGUUGAAGAAUAAUGAAGUUCUCUUUUGGUUUCUUCACAGACUUCCCAAUUUGAAAAAUUUAACAUUGGGACUUUGUCACAUGAAAAGAAUUUGUACUCCUGAAAGUCUUAAUUCACCUGAAAAAAUAGGUGGUGUUAUGCAACUUAAAGAGUUAGUAUUACAUAACAUGUGGUCUCUAGAGGAGAUUGGUUUUGAGCAUGAUGUGCUUCUUCAAAGGGUAGAAUGCUUAACCAUCCAUGGAUGCACAAAAUUGAGAAAUCUAGCAUCAUCCUCGGUAUCUUUUAGUUACUUAACAUCCUUAGAAGUGGUGAAUUGUAUGAUGAGGAAUUUAAUGACACUCUCAACUGCUAGAACCUUAAAUCAACUCACAACAAUGAAAGUAAGUUCAUGUCCAUUCAUUGUGGAAAUUGUUGCAGAAAAUGAAGAGGAAAAAGUACAAGAGGUUGAGUUUAAACAAUUAAAAUCAUUAGAAUUGGUGUCUCUACAAAAUCUCAAAAGUUUCUCUAGUGUUGAGAAGUGUGACUUAAAAUUCCCACUACUAAAAAAAUUAGUAGUAAGUGAAUGCCCUCAAAUGAAAAAAUUAUCUGAAGUCCAAACCGCUCCAAACCUUCAAAAAGUACAUGUUGAAGCAGGAGAAAAAGAUAAAUGGUAUUGGGAAGGUGAUUUGAAUGCCACUCUACAGACACAUUUCACCAACAAGGUUUCUUUUGAAUAUUCAAAGGAUAUAAAUCUUGUUGAUUAUCCCGAGAGGAAAAUUCGACAUGGAAAAUUUGCUUUUCCGGACAAUUUCUUUGGUUGUUUGAAGAAAUUGGUAUUUGAUGAAGCAUAUAAAAGAGAUACUUUGAUUCCCUCUCAUGUACUACCUUACUUGAAGAACUUAGAAGAAUUAAAUGUGGAGAAAUGCGAAUCAACACAACUAAUAUUUGAUGUAGACGAGAGUGAAAUCCAGAUGCAUGGAAUGGUGUUUCGUUUGAAAAAGCUUACUUUAAAACACUUGUCAAAUUUAAAAUGUGUAUGGAAGGAAAACCGGAAAGGAAUUGUAAGUUUUCCCAAUUUGAACACGGUUGUUGUUACUGAUUGUGAAGGCUUGGUAACACUGUUCCCUUCAUCCCUUGCUAGAAAUUUUAAGAAGCUUAAGACACUUUUCAUAUGGUGUAAUAAGAAAUUGGAAGAAAUAGUUGGAAAGGAAGAAGGAACGGAACAUGAAAAGACAAUAAUAUUUGAAUUUCCUUGUUUAUCCGAACUAGCUAUUGUGGAUAUGCCACUGUUGAGUUGCUUUUAUCCUGGAAAGCAUCAACUAGAAUGUCCUUUAUUAGAAACCUUGUAUGUGGCCUAUGCUCCUAAACUGAAACUAUUCACAUCAAACUCUCAAAAAGGAGAUAUGGAGGCCCCGAUCAGAUCGCUACAACAAGCUUUGUUCUUAGUUGAAAAGGUUCCUCCCAAACUGACGGACUUGGCACUCAAUGAGGAAAACAUUAUGUUAUUUAGAGAAGAAAAUUUGCCACAAAACCUUCUUUGCAAGCUAAGUCGACUUUUUUUGUGCUUUGAGGAUGAUAAAAAUGAGAAAAAUAGUUUGCCUUUUGAUUUAUUUCACAAGCUACCUAAUUUAGAAUGGCUUACAGUAAGAAAAUGCUUUGGUCUGAAGGAGAUAUUUCCCUCUCAAAAACUUCAAGUUCACGACAAAGUACUUGCUGGAUUGAAACAAUUAAAUUUGUUCCAAUUAAAGGAGUUAGAGUGUAUAGGUUUAGAGAACAUGUGGAUACAACCAUACUCCAUAAAGCUCGAACUGUUGCAACUUCACGGGUGCCUUUUGGUAGAAAGAAUAGUUUAUUGUGCGGUGUCAUUCAUCAAUCUUAAAUAUUUAUAUGUGAUGCACUGCGAAAGGAUGGAGUAUUUAUUCACGUUUGCAACACUCAAAAGUUUGGUGAAACUAGAGACUCUAAGCAUAGGAUAUUGUGGAUCAAUCAAAGAAAUUGCAAGAACUGAAGAGGAAGAUGGUUCUGAUGAGAUAAUCUUUGGACGACUCACAUCAAUUAAGCUGGAAUACUUACCGAGGCUAAUAAGCUUUUAUUCAGGAAAUGCCACCUUGCAAUGCCCAUCUUUACAAACUGUGAUGGUAGCUGAUUGUCCCAAUAUGAUAACUUUCUCCGAAGGAGUCAUAAAAUUAGCAAUGUUUCCGGGGAUUCAAACAUCUGAAGAUUCUGAUUUCACUUUCCACGUCGAUAUGAACACAACUGUCGAAAGCUUAUUUCACGAAAAGGAAUUUAUGGAAUAUUCAAAGCGUAUGAUACUUGAAGAGUAUCUUGGGAUGUCUGGAGUUCACCACACAAAACCUAUUGUUUUGGACAAUUUUUUUGGUAGUUUCAAGAAAUUGGAAUUUGAUGCAGCAUGCAAUAGAACUAUUUUAAUUCCAUCUCAUGUACUUCCUUACUUGAAGAACUUAGAAGAAUUGAAUGUGAAAAAUUCCGAUGCAAUACAAAUAAUAUUCGACAUUGACGAGAGUGAGGUCAAGACCAAGGGAGUAGUUUUUGGCUUGAAAAAACUUACUUUAAACAAGUUGUCAAAUUUGAAACAUGUAUGGAAGGAAAAUUCCACAGGAAUUAUCAGCUUUCAUAAUUUGCCAGAAGUGGUUGUUAAUGGUUGUGGAAGUUUGAUAACACUGUUCCCUUUAUCACUUGCCAAAAAUCUUGGGAAGUUGAAGAAACUUGAAUUAGAGGAGUGUGAGAAAAUGGUAGAAAUAGUUGGAAGGGAAGAUGAAAUUGAACAUGGAACGCCAAUAAUGCUUGAAUUCCCUUGUUUAUCACGUCUAGGUCUUGAAAAGAUGCCACUGUUGAGUUGCUUUUACCCUGGAAAGCAUCAUCUAGAAUGUCCCUUGUUAGAUGAGUUAUAUGUGGCAUGUUGUCCUAAGCUGAAGCUAUUCACAUCAAACUUUGAUGAUGAUAGUAAAAAAGAAGUUUCGGAGGCUCCAACUAACUUGUUACAACAACCUUUGUUCUCGAUUGAAAAGGUUUGUCCUAAUCUGAUGGGAUUAACGUUCAAUGAGGAAAACAUGAAGCUUAUGAGUGAUGCACGUUUGCCACAAGACCUUCUUUGUAAAUUAAAUCUUCUUUAUUUCUGCUUUGAGGAUGAUAACAAUGAGAAAGGUAUUCUGCCUUUUGAUUUCUUUCACAGGGUACCCAAUUUAGAAGAACUUUAUAUAGAUAAAUGCUUUGGUAUAAAAGAGAUAUUUCCCUCUCAAAAGGUUGAAGUUCACGACAAAGUACUUGUGAGAUUUAAAAAUUUAGUCUUGAUGGAACUAAAAGAGUUAGAAUGGGUGGGUUUAGAGCACCCGUGGGUACAACCAUACACUGAAAAACUUGAAUUGUUAAAGCUGUGCAGUUGCCCUCUAGUAGAAAAAUUAGUUUCGUGUGCAGUGUCAUUCAUCAAUCUUAAAGAGUUAUACGUGAAGCUCUGUGAAAAGAUGGAAUAUUUAUUCACAUUUGCAACCCUCAAAAGUUUGGUGAAACUUGAGACUGUAAAAAUACAGAAGUGUGAAUCAAUCAAAGAAAUUGUGAAAAAAGACGAUGAAGAUGAUUGUGAUGAGAUAGUAUUUAUACGGCUCAGAUCAAUUGAGCUGAAUUCCUUGCCAAAGCUUAUAAGCUUUUAUUCAGGGAAUGCCACUUUGCAAUGCUCAUAUUUGAAAAACGUGAUGGUAGCUGAAUGUCCCAAUAUGAUAACUUUCUCUCAAGGAAUCAUUAAAGUGCCAAUGUUUUUGGAUAUUCGAACAUCAAAACAUUCUGAUUUAACAUUUCACAGCGAUCUUUACACAAAGAUCCAAAAGUUAUUUCCCAAUCAGGUAAUCCAUGAGUCAUGAUGACAGUAAUGAGCGUUUGGAGUUCUUCUUCCUCUACCAUUUGGUUAGCUGUGAUUUCCGCAUUGCAUUCCUUCAGAGACGGAGGGAACAAUGAUGAUACAAGAAUCAUGAACAAAAGUUUAUUCUAAGUCUGUUUUUUUGUUGUUUAAAAUGCUUGAAAUACAAAUAAGGUGGACCUACAUCGCCAUCUAUUGUAUGGGAUUAAGUUAGUUAUAUUCUGUAUGCAUGUUAGUCCUCAACUUAAUACUUUGAAGAUUGAACUUCGUAACAAUGUGAUG